UUUUUUCUGUUGCUCAUUCAUUUCUACAUUAACACGCGUCCUGUUUUUUUAAUACUUUUUAUUCUUGUUUUAUUAAUACUCACCCACUUAUUCUUGUCUGUUCAAAGUCUAGAAAAUAAGCACCAACAAAAGGAGGAAUAGCCACAGCAGCGUCGCGUCGUAAUAUCUCGUACAGCACGCUCUCAAAAAUAACAAAAACCCACAUACAUACACACACACGUCCACAGAAAACUUAUACAAUGGCUGAACCAUCUGCUGUCAAGAAGGGGCCCAUUGCCGCUGGCGAUGGCCCUCGUCACCUUCGUGCUCGUCGUGGCGGAUCAUCCGCCUCUGGCCGCGGUGGAGCCAACAGCCGGCAAGUUUCUCGGGCAACCGGUAGCACGCAGACGAUGAUGAGGCUUUACUCAGAUGACGCCCCCGGACUCAAAGUUGAUCCCGUUGUGGUCCUGGUUCUCAGCCUGGUGUUCAUUGCCUCUGUGUUUUUGCUCCACAUUUACGGCAAGCUGACCAGCAC